AUGGACACACCGACAGCUAGGCAGAUGUGGGGCAGACGACACAACACGACCCACAACACUGAAGCCCCCCCAGGACUCACGUGGAGAGGCCGGGUCCUUACCGAUCACGGGAGUCGGCUGUACGUUGCUACCUCACUGAGAGCUGGCCCGCUGCCACGCCACUGCGUCCAUGUGGUCACCCUGGACUCUAGCCCACACUUCUGUGAUUUUGCCUCGACCCCACGGAACUCAGAUAAGCAUAGUGUGAUAAAUAGACU